UGAAACUGAUCUUCACGAUAGUAAUGGUGGCGCUUUCGGUCACAGUUAUCAUAUCAUCCAUUAUACUCAUCAUUGGUGUCCAUGUGACAACGGACCCAUUUAUGGUGAUUCUUCACGCAAUUGAUUUUAUUGUCUGUGCCAUAAAUACAUAUUGUCUGUUGUGUGUAACGUCUCAGUACCAGAUACUGUCCACACAAACGCAUAGACAUCAGGAAUUCCAGUCCCAUAUGAACAGCGAUGACGUGAAGAUCCAGUGCAUAACCAACGACACGUCCACCUGUCAGUUCUCGAACUCAGCCAAUAAAGAUGCCGCCAACUCUACCUAU